GCUGUGGCGAUGCAGGAUUCUUUUGUGUUGUUCGAAGAAAGGUUUUUGAUUUUUUUAGGAUCCCAGAAUCAAAAAGAGCAGCAUCAUGGUGCCUUCCCCUUGGGGAACCAAUACGGCUGUUGUGUAAUUUGAAUUUCAGGGCAGAGACACUUGAUAGAUUAUCUAGCGGUUUCGAGGGACGAGAAAAUGAGUGCCAAAAACAUGCCUUUCGUCCCGUGGACGUCCGUGCUUACUGCUUUCGUUCUCGCUUACGCCACUGUGGUGCUACCUUGGGACAGGCUUUUGACCGACCUGUUGCUCGCAGAUCAUGACAGAACUACAGGGAGAAUAACAAUUAAAAGCGAGGACCACGGCUCAACACUUCGCGCGGCUUCUUACGACGCCGUCGUGGUUCUCGGCACGAGCCUGGAGUACGACGAGAAUCUCGACGCCGUCCUUCCAACCCCAGAGCUGGUGGAGCGCACUCUAGCCGGUGCGCAGCAGGCGGCGAAGACAAAAACGGAGAGGCUCGUCUUUUCCGGGGGGCCUGCGUACAAGGGGUACGCUUCGGAGGCGGAAGUGAUGCAAAAUACGUUGGAAUUGAUUGCGCCGCUAAUCGAUGGAGGAACUACUGCAACACGAUCCAAUGUUGAACCUGUUGCGAACACCAGCAAAAAAAACGACGACGAGAAGGGGACGGCAUCAGUGUCGUCGCAGCUUCUGAGUGCCGUCUCAAACCUCGUCGUCCUCGAGUCCGAGUCUGUUUCAACGCUGACCAAUGCGGUUUUUACGAAAAAACUACUACUUGACGCAGAAAACAAGCAGAAACCAGGAGAACAAGCGAGAGAAAAGCGCCUACUCCUUGUCACUUCCGCGUACCAUCAAUUGCGUAGUCGGCUCGUGUUCGAAAAUGUGUUCAAUAAGAACCGUGACGGAAGAAGUGCACGUGUCGAAAUCGACGUCGCUGAUGCUGACCAGGCACUCAGCGAAAUUUGUGCUGAGAUCGUCUUCGCACAGGGUAACCCAAAAAUAUCAUCUGCACCGAUUCUGAAGACGGGGAACAAGACAGAGGUUGGGACGAAAUCGAACUUCGAAGAGACUCUCAGAAACCGAAUGAUGCACGUAGCCAAUAGAAAUUUCGUUCUGCAACGAUCGAACUCAGUCUGGUACGUGCUUUAUCCAGAUCGAGAAGCCUUGCUUCGGAAAUACAUGGUCGUCAGAGAACUCGGAGGACUCGUAAAAUACUGGCUGCGUGGCAACCUGUAGCAAAAGCGAUGCGACAUGCUACUCUUAGAAGUGACUCUGCAAGCAGUAAGCUAUUGUAAAACCACAGUACUAGAAACAAAUGUUUCUGGGACUGAAUUCGAAUUCAGUAUCAAGAUCAGACCCUCUCACGGGGGCAACUGCAAAGCCAAA